UUGGGGGAGUGAUGAAGCGGGUUUCGCCCAGGACACCAUAUAAGCUAGAACUGCUACUGCUUUCCACACCCUCAGUAUUAGCAGAUUUCAGCACAAUGUGUGGACUUUUCAGACGACCCCUUACCCACCAUAUAAAACAUUUCCAACUUAUAUCAAUGUUAAAUUAACAAUCUGGAAUGAUUUUGCCGUGACGCCAUCUGACCAGCUUACGGGACAAAUCAUGUCCCAUAUCGAUUCGAUGCAGUACGGGAUGCAUCAUUUACGAUCCCGUAUGAGCCAAGUGUGGAUGGAGAAAAUCGUGAGUUUAUCGGGAGGAAUUGUAAAUGUUAAUGUUAGCGUUUGUCUGCCGCAAGCCCACGGAUGCAUUGCAAGAGAUGUGAAGAAUGUGAGCUGCUCUAUGAAGGUGGUGUAUUUGGACACAAGCAGGAAGGAGAAAUGCAUUCUACCAUAAUAAUUGCGAUUGCGAGCCUGCAAAGACGCAAAUUAUACGUCAUCACAAGUGGUUCACUUCUGCGAUUUGGUACGACUGCGUUCAAAUCAGCAGCGAACCGUAGGCUACCAGAGUUCAAAUGAACCGUAACCCUGACCACCUUUUUUAAGUGGACUUGGUGCGGUUCCCGUGCGCGCACCCGAGUUCGGAAAACAGCGUUCACUUUAUCCAAACGAACCGAACUUUGACAUCAUUCGACCCCGGUGCGCACCAUAAGUGCUAGUGUGAAAGCACCCUAUCAGGUAAAUCUUUUCCCCGCCACAAGCAAUGCACCAGACUCCAGCCCAAUAGGCGGCGGAAAUUCACCAUAAACUGGCUUGGAAACCAGUUAUAACCAUAGAAGAAGACCCAGAAGUUCGGUUGUCCAGGAUAACAGCAGUAAUGUUUACCUGAUGUGUGUUUUAAAAGUGAAUAUGCCUUCGUGUUCAGCUUACAAAUGCACUAAUCGCUACUCACGAGGCUCCAGUGUCAAGUUUCAUCGAUUCCCUUUAGGUGAUAGCAGUAGGCUUCAGCGCUGGCUGGUGAACCUCCGAUGGGACAACUGGAAGCCAACUCCAUUUUCCCGUAUAUGUUCCCUGCACUUUGAAGAGAACUGUUUCUUCACAAACGGGCAAGGCCAAGUGCGCCUCACUAAAACUGCUGUGCCCACCAUCUUUUCAUUCCCUGAGCAUUUGCAGAAGAAGGUACGAUGCACCAGGUUAAGACAGACGAGUUUGGAAAGGACUCCACCAGUUAGCAAAGAAGCAAGAGGACACAAUGAUCCACUUCAUGGAUUUAGUUUAGAUCAUACAUAUAGCCUCACCGAGGAUGCUAGUUUGACUGACUCCAACGGCAAAAAAGAUUGCAGUGAAACUGCGGAGUUUGAUAAAGAGGAAGUUGUUUUGGAGCCUGACAUGGCUGAAGGGAGCAGAACCUCUGAGAUUUACCCCAGCGAACAAUGUGGCGUUUCAGUUAGCCGCAAACCUUCAGUUUGUUCUUACACGAAUCAUACCUGCACGGUGGAUGAAUCGCCAGAGACCCUGAAGCGCAUUCUGGCCUUGACCCAGGAGAAGCUUAAAGCUUGCAGGAAACGGUUGAAAAUGCGUGGUGCCCAGAUUAGACGGUUAAAGAAAAAAGUGUCUUUACUGUCCUCUAACCGGCACUCCAGAAGCGAAAGAGAAAUGCUUUUCAGCUGAAAGGUUCUGGAUUGUGGACUUCAGUCUAAUCCAACAUACAGAGCCAAGAGAUGUUCAAAACCUUUGGCUUGAACCUUCAAGCCAGCCCGUUUUAUCCAAGACCGGACAAAUCUCGCACAUGUUGGGAAUGACGUUUUCACCUUGGACUUUCAAGGUUUUGUUACAUGUUGAAAAGUUUGAAAUGUAUAGAUGUUUAUAGUGUAUGUUCUGUACAGUUUUUGGUUGUUACAUUACUUUUACUUUUCUACUCAUGAAUUUAUGCACUCCUUGCAGAAUCUGCAAGAUGUGAAUCAUUUAAAAAAAGAGGGUCAUAAAAAUGCUUUUGUUUUGUUAGUUCUGCCAAGAUGAAGCUAUUUGACAAAUACUGCACAAAAUGAUAAAUGAAAACACAAAUUACCCUGUUCAAAAAGUUUACACACCCUUAAAGAAAUGGUUCACCCAAAAAUGAAACUUCUCUCAUCAUUUACUCAAUCACAUUCCGUCCCAGAUGUGUAUAACUUUCUUUCUUCUGCUGAUCACAAGUGAAGAUGCACUGCCUGGCCCAAAAAAAAGUUGCAUACUCUAAUAUUUCGUUGGACUGCCUUUAGCUUUGAUUACGGCACACAUUCGUCAUGGCAUUGUUUCGACAACCUUAUGCAACAUCACAACAUUUAUUUCCAUCCAGAGUUGCAUUACUUUUUGGACGAAAUCUUGUAUUGACCACGGAAGAGUCGAACCACUCCGUAAAGUCUUCUCCGGCACAUCCCAAAGACUUAAUGGGAUUAAGGUCAGGACUCUGUGGUGGCUAAUUCAUGUGUGAAAAUUAUUCCUCAUGCUCCCUGAACCACUCUUUCACAAUUUGAGCCAAAUUAAUCUUGGCAUUGCCAUCCUGGAAUAUGCCCAUGCUGUCAGGGAAGAAAAAAAUCCAUUGAUGGGAUAACCUGGCCGUUCAGUACAUUCAGGUUGUCAGCUGACUUCAUUUUAUUGCUGCAUAAUGUUGCUGAGCCUAGACCUGACCAAUAGAAGCAACCCCAGAUCAUCACACUGCGUUAAAUCCAAACUUUUUUUUUGGCCAGGCAGUGUAGUAGAAUGCUUUAAGCACACAAUUAAGUCAGGGGGUGUAUCAGAGACAGGCUGUGACUGGGACCAGUGCCACCAUACCUGGUCGUGCACUGGGAGGUCUCACAAGCUGCUCACCUUUAAAGCUGCUCUUCAGGGCAUUGGACGUCCUGAAGGUGGCACUGUCACUCUGACUAAAUCUUGUUUACCUCUUAAUAUAGAAAAAAUAUGGAGCUCUGUGCCUGAAGUACUGAAAGAAUUCCAAGACUUGAGAAUAAUAAUAAUGACCACAGAGACAGUAAUAUUGUUUAUGCCAUGAUGUUUCUUCAUUCAACAUACUGUAUGGCAACAUGGACACAGAUCUUCCUUAAGCCUGUUGAGACACUAUAUAAGCAAGCUCUAAAGGUAUUUAAUUUGAGUUUGCACAUAAAAAAAAACAGGUGCUUUAAAUGAUAUACAACUGGUACUUUUAAAAACAAUUUACAAAUGUAAAUGAAAUGGCCUUGAUGAUCAACACUCCUGUGGUCAUCUGGUUUUCCACACAAUUUUGCCAACUCCCAGUCUUGCCAUUGCAGCUUCCACUCUGAGGUGAGGACGGCUGUGAGCGUUCUGAUGUUGUUGAGAUCUCAACUAAAGGAAUGGUUCUCCAUCGCUGCCUGUUCUGAGCCCUCCGGUUCUGGUACGGAGGGUUCAGUAGAGGGGUUUGAGGGUUCCACUGCUCCUGAGCUGCAUAGACUUGCAACCUGCAAAGAACAUAACCCAUGACAUGUAGCAAGGUGUCAUUUUCAGAGCUUCCUUUAUUACAUUUAAAGCUGAAAUGAUACAUUCUAUUAAUAAAAAAAUGCA